AUGGUUUCUAACAACCAAAAACAAUACAUGUGUGGUUUGUUCCUCAUCCUUGCACUUGGUAUUACUAAUGUAAUGUCCCGAAAGUUGCAACAAUCAUCAUCACCGUCCUUAGUAGAAAGGCACGAGCAAUGGAUAACAGAAUAUGGCAAAGUAUAUAAAGAUGGUGCUGAGAAAGACAAACGUUUCAUGAUAUUCAAGGACAAUGUUGAGUUCAUUGAAUCAUUCAAUGCUGCCAACAACAAACCUUACAAACUGGGUGUUAAUCACCUAGCUGAUUUGACUCUUGAAGAAUUUAAAGCUUCUCGUAAUGGUUACAAAAAGAGGUCUACUAGUACUGAGCUUACUUCAACAUCAUUCAAGUAUGAAGAUGUGACUUCUAUUCCAGCAUCUGUAGAUUGGAGGGUAAAAGGAGCUGUUACUCCAAUCAAGGACCAAGGUCAAUGUGGGAGCUGCUGGGCAUUUUCAACUGUUGCUGCAACGGAAGGUAUCAACCAAAUAACAACAGGCAAACUAGUAUCCCUCUCAGAGCAAGAGUUAGUUGAUUGUGACACAAAGGGUGAAGACCAAGGAUGUGAAGGAGGAUUAAUGGAAGAUGGUUUUGAGUUUAUCAUCAAAAAUGGUGGAAUCACAAGUGAGACUAAUUAUCCUUAUAAAGCAACUGAUGGAAGGUGUAACACUGCAACAACCGUUCCUGUGGCUAAGAUAAAGGGAUAUGAGAAAGUUCCAGUGAAUAGUGAGGAUGCGCUUCUUAAAGCCGUGGCCAACCAACCAAUAUCAGUUUCUAUUGAUGCUAGUGAUUCAAGUUUCAUGUUUUAUUCGCAUGGAAUUUAUACAGGAGAAUGUGGAACUGAGCUAGAUCAUGGUGUUACUGCGGUUGGUUAUGGAAGUGCGAAUGGAACUGAUUAUUGGUUGGUUAAGAAUUCAUGGGGAACAGUGUGGGGUGAGAAAGGAUACAUAAGAAUGCAAAGAGGUAUAGCUGCUAAGGAAGGCUUGUGUGGCAUUGCCAUGGAUUCUUCUUAUCCAACUGCUUAA